AUGCUUGGUUUGCGGUGCAACAAGAACUCGAUCGCCUCCGGGGUGGUUCAGUUCCAAGACAACGAGAGCCGCGCGCUCGCUCAAGAUCCCGGGACAGAAGACAUCGAAGAUCACACCGCGAACAGAGGCGAGAGGCUAGAUCGCAAAGUACAAAUCAUGCCCAACAGCCUCGCACUGAUUCUCGGUCUGAGUCUCGUUCUCGACCGCGAAGGCAAGACAACAGGUCCAGACAUCGCAGAAGAGAGCCUCAUACCCAUGACCAUGGAAGGCAGGAACGAUCGAGUGGGCGAAGUCGUGGACAACCUCGUUAUCGCUCUCAGUCCCGCUCACGGUCGCAAAGGCAUGACGGUAGACAACACCAUGACCGAGCUUCCGAGCAUUCACACGAUGGUCUUGCGAGUCCGCGUUCGCCGGUUUCAUCUCAUUCACAUGCUCAAAGUGACGCUGAACUGUGGCGCAUGGAGGAAUCCAAUUGCGAUACAUGCGACAUCACCUCAGCUUGUUUAG